AGAAUUAUUCUAAAUAAUUCAUUCAUGUGUUUAAUUUUUUAGAACAAACAGGUGACAGACGUUCCCAACAUUGUUAUUUCGUUUUUGAUUCAUUUUCGCUUUAACUUUUCCCUUCAUCCACCCGGUCUUUUCUACGAUUUUGUGUUUAACCCAAUUUUUUUCUGGUGCCAUGGCCCGUUGCGACAAGUGCAGCUGAACUGCGACCACCCGCGACCGUCCACAACCACCUGCCACAAACUGUCAGUUGGGGCUAAUCUUUGUUCUUUAGACUUUGCGCGGCAUAAACGCACCCACAUGCGCACGUAAAGCGGUACACGUAAAGCGGUACACGUAAAGCGGUACACACAAAUAGGUACACACCAACAGGCACACACCUAUAUGCACACCCCUCCAUGCCAUCCGCAUAAACAAAUUUCCCCCCAAAAGUAGUCACUCCGCGGGUCGAAAAAGAUGAUAACUUGCGUAAGUUCCCUGCUGGUGCUUUUUUACGCACUCUACCAAAAUGUUUCCUCUGGUAUACCUAUAAAUGGGGAAAGGAAAAUAGACAACCACAAGGAGCCCGAAGAGUUUAACCCGGAUGACAUAAAUUCGUGGAUGAGGUUAGACGAUGCAAAUUUUCUAAACACGUGGACGAAAAAUGUGUCAGAUAUAUCCUUCGUGGAAAGUAAAGCCAGCAAAGAAACGGGUAGUGAGAAUGGAGACGCGUCCUCUACCGGAUCUGGAAAAGACUCCUACGGAGAUUGGAACUUCAUGACCAACCAGAACGAAGCGGGAAAGCCGGGCAAGCCCAAGUCGAACUCCGGGGAAUCGAACGCCAGCUCUUCCGACGGAAAGUCGAGCGCCUCAGCCAAAUCUGGGUCCAAAUCUGGGUCCAAAUAUGGAGGCAGCUCCUAUUCAGACUAUUCAGCCUAUGACAGUGGCUCGGCAUCCAGUGUUGGCAGCAGAGAAUUCGAAAACGAAAUGUACGAAUUUGCCCUUCAGCACCCCAUGGAAAAGUUGACUAAAGAAAUGGACAUUUUGAAAAAUGACUACACAAAGGUGAAGGAAGAAGAAGGAAAAAUUUUAGAUGAGGAACAUAAAGAGAUUGAGGAGAAGAGAAAGGAAGAGCGCUUAAAAAUGUUGGCAGAAGGAGACGUCGAAAAAAACAAGGGCGACGAGGAAAUCAAUUUUAUAAAACAUGAUUAUACAGAUACCCGAAUUAGAGGUGGAUUCACAGAAUUCCUGAGCAAUUUAAACCCAUUUAAAAAAGAAAUCAAACCGAUGAAAAAGGAAAUCUCAUUGAUUACCUACAUUCCUGAUAAGAUAGUAAACAAGGAAAAGAUCAUGAGGGACUUAGGCAUUUCUCAUAAAUAUGAACCCUACCAACAGAGCAUUCUUUACACCUGCCCAAACAGUGUCUUCUUCUUUGACUCUAUGGAAAACCUACGUAAAGAAUUAGAUAAAAACCAUGAAAAGGAAGCCAUUACGAAUAAAAUUUUGGAUCAUAAUAAAGAGUGCUUGAAAAAUUUCGGAUUAUUUGACUUCGAAUUACCAGACAAUAAAACAAAAUUAGGAAAUGUAAUCGGCUCCAUUGGUGAGUAUCAUGUGAGGUUAUACGAAAUUGAAAAUGAUUUGCUAAAAUAUCAGCCAAGUUUAGACUAUAUGACCCUCGCAGAUGAUUACAAAUUGGUAAAAAACGAUGUAAACACUUUGGAAAAUGUCAAUUUUUGCUUAUUAAAUCCUAAAACGUUGGAAGAUUUUCUUAAAAAAAAAGAAAUCAUGGAACUUAUGGGAGAAGACCCUAUUGCGUAUGAAGAGAAAUUUACAAAAUAUAUGGAAGAGUCCAUCAAUUGUCACCUCGAAUCUUUGAUAUAUGAAGAUUUGGAUUCAUCACAGGAUACCAAAAUUGUCUUGAAAAAUGUCAAGUCUAAACUAUAUUUGCUUCAAAAUGGAUUGACUUAUAAGAGCAAAAAAUUAAUUAACAAACUAUUUAACGAAAUUCAGAAAAAUCCAGAACCCAUUUUCGAAAAACUCACAUGGAUUUACGAAAAUAUGUACCACUUAAAGAGAGACUACACCUUCUUGGCAUUCAAAACUGUUUGUGAUAAAUACGUUUCCCACAAUAGUAUUUAUACAUCCCUCCAAGGAAUGACUUCCUAUAUUAUAGAAUACACUCGACUUUACGGGGCCUGCUUUAAAAACAUAACCAUUUACAACGCAGUCAUAUCUGGUAUUCACGAACAGAUGAAAAAUCUGAUGAAGUUAAUGCCCAGAAGUGGCCUCCUCUCCGAUGUUCACUUCGAAGCUUUACUACACAAAGAGAAUAAAAAAAUUACGCGAACGGAUUACGUCCUCAAUGAUUACGACCCUAGUGUCAAAGCUUAUGCCCUUACCCAGGUGGAAAGACUACCUAUGGUCAGCGUCAUUAACAGUUUUUUCGAGGCAAAGAAAAAGGCGCUAUCAAAAAUGCUUGCUCAGAUGAAGUUAGAUUUAUUUACCCUCACAAAUGAAGAUCUGAAGAUCCCAAACGAUAAGGGGGCGAAUUCAAAGCUGACUGCAAAGCUUAUUAGUAUUUACAAAGCGGAAAUUAAAAAGUACUUCAAGGAAAUGCGCGAUGAUUAUGUUUUCCUCAUAAAGGCGCGCUACAAGGGUCACUACAAAAAGAACUAUUUGCUCUACAAGCGAUUGGAGUAGACUGUUCUCCCUACGCAACGCUUCUUAGCAUCUUCCACUUUUCAAGCAAUUCGAGGGGGGGAUAUCACCACAUGUGUGCGUCUACCAUAGAGAGCGGCGCUGCCACGUGGGAUGGUCUGUUUUCUCUUUUUAACUAUUCGUUUUGCCCCCCUUAGGAAGUUUGCUGCCCGUCAGGCGGGUGCCCCUUUGCAUACCCAUAUAAGUAAUUUUUUUUUUUUUUUUUCCCCCCAUUCUAGUGAAAGUAUCUUUUUUGUUCUUUAUUUUUUACGCUUUAAUUUUUCCCCUUCCUGUGUAUGCUUUAUUAUUUUUUGUUUUUUGAAUUUUUCACCGCAACUUGGCGGUCCGCUUGCUUCUCACCGUGCGCUCCAGCUGAUGCGCGGAGCGGCCGCAGAACGUUACACAUGGAACACUUC